UUCAGGAGAAAAAUAAAAAUAAAGGAAUGAUAUUUUAGGGAAGAUCACCACGAUUUAUAGAUGAUGGAAUUAGCUCACAGCCUUCUCCUCAAUGAGGAGGCUUUGCAGAAAAUUCCAGACAACAAAAAGCCCGUUUUUGUGUUUGAAUGGCUCAGAUUUCUUGACAAGGUCCUUUCUGCAGCACAAAAGUCUGACAUUAAAGAGAAACAGAAGCGUCUUGUUGAACAGUUGAUAAAUCAGAUCAGUGAAUCACCCGGUCCACCGACCAGAAAGUUACUGGCACGAUGUCUGGCUACACUCUUCAUCGUCGGAGACUCAUUUGCUAUGUUUGAUGCCAUCAACAAGUGCAAUGAGAUUGCUAAGAGCAAAGAUGAUUCUCCUAGCUACUUACCAACCAGAUUGGCAGCGGUUGCAUGUCUAGGGGGUAUAUAUGAGAAGAUGGGACGUAUGACAGGUAGAUCUUAUGAGGAAACAGUACAAGCUCUUAUCAAAUCUCUAAAAUCUGCUGAGUCACAAUGUCGUGGAGAGACAAUGAUGACGUUAGAGAAGAUAGUGAAAGGUUUAGGGACGGCAGGACAACAGUCAUAUAAAGAUGUCUAUAAAGCAGCUAAGGCAGCAAUGACUGAUAGAGCGAUGGCUGUUAGAACAGCUGCGGCAAAGUGUAUGUACCAGCUUGUAAAUGAAGCACCAUUUAUGUCAACAACUGAGAUGGAGACUGUUGUAUCGUUAUGUUAUCGUGCACUUGAUGGUUCUAACUAUGAUGCUAGAUACGCUGUAGCAGAAUUACUGGGCAACCUGUGUGCUACCACUCUAAACCCUAAACCUAACACAACUAAUGCACGCAGUAAGCCUGUUAAACUAGAGGAUGUAUUGGGACUGUUAUCAGCUGGUUUCCUGAGAGGAGGAUUUGGUUUUCUGAAGAGCAGUACCUCGAGUAGUAGUGCUGGUGUGAACAGGGAGAUCAGGGUCGGAGUUACUCAUGCAUAUGUUGAGUUUAUCAAGUGUAUGGGAGGACUUUGGUUAGAGAGAAAUAUUUCAACCUUCCUCAAUCAUGUGUUAGAACUUGUUGCUAACCCUCGUGCCACGCCCACUCAUGUUGAUGCUGUGUAUGCCAGGAAAUGUGUAUCGUUUAUUAUCCGUUCUGUGAUUGGUGGAUUACUAGGAGAAAAAGCUCAAAUAGCUGCAGCAAAAGAAAUAUGUCAAAUCAUUAUUAAACAGAUGAAUUUUGUUGGUGAAGCAAGUGCUGAUGCUGCAGAGAGUAAAGCUACAGCUGCUGAUAUUACUGGCAGUCAACAUGUACUUGUGUGUGCUUUACAUGAGUUAGGUUGUCUUGUCCUUAGUUUAGGCACAUCAGCUAGUCCCCUAGUUGCAGAGCCCGCUACAGGUAUAAUUGAGCCAGUAGUGUCUGUCCUAAUUCAUCCCAGUGCCUCAGCACGCCUGUCAGCAUCUUGGUGUCUAGGCAGUAUAUCUGUAGCUCUACCAUCACAACUUACACCCCUAGUGGACAGAUGUAUAGAGAGAAUGAACAAGUUAAAAUCUUCACCAGAAGCUGUGUCAGGAUAUAGUAGUGCUUUAACAUCUUUACUGGGGAGAGUUUACCAGUGCCCGUUAGGUAUACCACAUGCUAAAGGAAAGCAAAUUUUCAACAUAGCAGAGGAGUUACUACGUACAGCAUCACAAAACAGUAGAUUAUCUCUACAGAGGACACAGUCUGGCUGGUUGUUACUCGGAGCUUUAAUGACCUUAGGUUCACCUGUAAUAAAGGGACAUUUACCUAGAAUGUUGUUGCUAUGGAGAAAUGCAUUCCCCAGGUCUGUAAAGGAGCUUGAAUCAGAGAAAGCCAGAGGAGAUUCAUUCACAUGGCAGGUCACACUGGAAGGACGGGCCGGGGCACUAGGUGCGAUGCUUAGCUUCUUACAACACUGUAGAGAACUGAUAACAGAAGAUGUGAUACGUAGAUUACUAGCACCUUUAGAAUGUACCCUUACAAUGUUAGCACAUAUGCCAGGAGUAAUUAAGAUGUAUGGUACUCAUCUGAAAGCAAGUGCUGCCAUGGUCAGACUGAGAUUAUAUGAUGUUCUAUCUAUGUUACCACCACAGUCAUAUGAAGGUACAUACACAAGCUUGUUACGUGAACUUGUAGCAGAAUUCACUCUGACAGAUAAUCCUGCUAAUACAACAACGUCACUUUUACGAUCAUUGUGUCAUGUUGAUGACAGCGUUAUACUUGGAUCCUGGUUACAGGAAACUGAUCAUAAAGCUGUUGAAGAUCAGUAUGAACCAAAUCGUAGAGUCGACCAUGAUAUACUUCAACCUAACAGUGCAUCAGGGUCUGGAGCACUAGAACAUGAUGCCCACUCUCUCUUCUACAGAUGUCCUAUAAGUGACCCUAUUCCUGGACCAUUACCACUGGGUGUUGCAGUAAUUGACAGUUCAGUGCGACUAUAUGGGUUGAUAUUCCCGAGAGUGGCCCACAAACAUCGUUACCAGAUGUUACAACAUUUUAAUGAAUGCAUCAAACAGGCCAAGUCUACAAGACAGCAAGCUGUACAAAUGAAUAUAUUCACUGCAGUUCUGUGUGCUCUCAAGAGUUUGUCAGACACAAAAACAAAGUUAGGUCCUGAUGAAGUUAAGAAAGCUGCUUUCAAUCUUAUAUUGGGAGCUUUAAGUAGUACCAACCCUAUAUUAAGAUGUGCUGCAGGAGAAGCAUUGGGUAGAAUGGCCCAGGUUGUUGGUGAUAGUAAAUUUAUAGCUGAGAUGGCACAAUAUAGCUUUGAUAAAUUAAAAUCAGCAAGGGAUGUGGUGAGUCGUACAGGAAACUCUCUAGCUCUAGGUUGUUUACAUAGAUAUGUUGGUGGUAUGGGAUCAGGUCAGCAUCUCAACACUAGUGUAUCAAUACUCCUUGCUCUAGCACAAGAUUUUAACUCACCUGUUGUACAGGUUUGGGCAUUACAUGCUUUAGCAUUGAUAGCUGACAGUGGUGGUCCAAUGUUCCGAGGUUAUGUUGAGCCAACAUUAUCCCUCGUGUUACAGUUACUGUUGUCAGUACCUCCUACAACAGUUGAUGUUCACCAGUGUCUAGGCAAAUGUCUGUCUGCUCUCAUCACAUCUAUAGGACCGGAACUACAAGGUAAUUCUGGAUCAAUAGCUACAGCAAGAUUAUCUUGUCUGGUAUGUUGUGCUAUUAUGCAGGAUCACUCUGACUCCCUAGUGCAGGCCGAGGCUGUAGCCUGUCUACAACAACUUCACAUGUUUGCUCCCAGACAUGUCAACCUGGGUACACUUGUACCUCAUCUCUGUGAGAAGCUGGUUAGUUCCCAUUUACUACUAAGACGAGCAGUUGUGGCAUGUCUAAGACAGCUUGUCACUCGUGAAGCUAAGGAAGUGAGUGUUCAUGCUCUAGCCCUUGCAUCAGACGAGGCUGACAAGAUAGAGAAGUUUGGUAUCACAGAGACUGGUAUGGAGGGGAAGUUGUUUGGUAUGUGUGAUACAGAAGUUGAUGGGAAGCUGAUAUCAGAUCUACAGGAUACACUCGUUAGUUUAUUACAAACUCUAGCAACAAAGGAUCUGACAAGAUGGUUGAAUCUACUUAGAGAAAUACUUUCAUCUUCCACUGAUGCAACAAGUAACCAGCAAGAUGAAUCUCAAGGUAACAAUAAUGAUGAUGACGAUGAUGAUGAAGACAAUGAGAAUGAUGCUGAAGAGUUUACAGCUCCUGAAGUGGAUGUUACUCACCCAACUGUUGCACCAAGAUGGCCAACACGUGUGUUUGCUACAGAUUGUUUGAGAAAGAUUGUUGUAGCAUGUGAAGAAGAUUUAACACACUUUGAUCUAGAAACUGCAAGAGAGGCUAAGAAAGAUGGUAAAUGUGAUUUCCUGGUGCUACAUUUAUCAGAGUUAGUAAGAAUGUCAUUUAUCGCAGCCACAUCAGACAGUAAUCAACUACGUCUAGCAGGACUGGCUGCCCUACAAGAUAUCAUCACUAAAUUCUGUAAUGUACCUGAGCCAGAAUUUCCCGGUCAUGUUAUCCUAGAACAAUAUCAGGCACAGGUAAGUGCAGCAUUACGACCUGCCUUCUCUCCAGAGACACCCUCUGAUGUGACAGCAGCUGCUUGUGAUGUAUGUAGUACAUGGAUAGGAAGUGGUGUAGCGAGAGAUUUGAAUGAUUUGAGGCGUGUUCAUCAACUUCUUGUUUCAUCAUUGGGCAAACUUAACGCUGGCAAGUCCCAGUGUGCUUUAUACAACGAAUCUGCAUCUACCAUGGAAAAAUUAGCUGUUCUCAGAGCAUGGGCAGAGGUAUAUAUAGUAGCUGUAAGUCGUGAACAUGGUAACCCUGACACAUUACUCAAGUCAACUGAUGAAGAUGAUUUUGACAACAAAGGGGAAAGUUUGCUAACUCUAGUACAGUCGGAGUUACCUACCUUAAGUCAGAACUGGUUUCUUGCUCUCAAAGAUCAUGCUCUUUUAUCUCUUCCUACAGAAUUCUCUGGGCAGUUACCAUCAGAUGGUGGAGCAUUUUACCAUGUAGACACAAUUGACUCUGCACGACCCCACUAUAGGAAGUCAUGGCCAUCUAUAUUACAUGCCUUGGCUAUAUGGUUGAAAGAGGCAGGUUUUGCCAAGUUGAACAAAGAUAUGGGGCACCCUGGAGGGGAAUCACAACCAACAAAUGCUCCUGCUAAUCUAUACUCAGAGGAGGCCAAUGCUGAACGACUCUAUCUAAUUAUUGGUAUAUGUGUUGAAGCUAUGUGUAAUACGACAAUCCAGUUACCAGAACAUACUGCUGAGACCUGUCUACAUGCAAUACACGCCCUACUUGAGUCUCCCUGGGCUCGCGCUCAAGUUGCCAAAGAUCCCGUUCUAUACAAGGAACUUCUAAAUGUCAUGCAUAGGGUAUUUUUAACUCACUCUGGUGUAAAAGUACAUUUAGCUGUGAUGGAUGUUGUCAGAUGUGUUGUUAAAGCAGCACAAGAACAUCUUAAAUUCCUCAAACAGAUGGAAGAAUCAAAAUCUGACAAGGAAUCAAAAGAAAGUAAAAUACUGCUGCCACCUGGUGGUGAGGGUGGUGAAUCAGGGGAAGUGAUUCCUGGUCAGUCUAUAGUCUUUGCUACAUUAGAGGUGUGUUUAGGAGUAUUAUCACGCCGUGUUCCGGCCUUGAACCCAGCUGCACAGACCACAGGGUUCCAGAUGUCUAAAAAACACUCACAGGUGACUGAGGAGAUAUCACAACUUCUCUCUAAUGUUGUACAGGUGCUAGCUGAUCUAUCCAGUCUUUGUUCUGUCCCAGGGAGUUUAGCUGUUCUUCCGACGGUGUUUCACCUGAUACUGGGACUGCUGAGAGAGAUGUCUCCUAUAUCUAUGGAUAAACAGAACAGUGCUGUUGUCACUGUGUGUAUUAACUGUAUACGAACUUUGCUUAACUCUAAAAGAUACGAGGGUGAUAAGAAAUUACCUGAUUGGCAUAAACUCAUUCAGAGUUCUCUAGCUACUGUGAUAAAAAAUUCUAUAUCUGAUGCAGAUUAUCCUGGUAUGGAUGAGACAACAUAUCUCUACACCAUCACUGUGUUCAUUAUAUGUGCAUCACAUGUAAUCAACAAAAAUAUUGUGUUAGUGAAACCCUGCAUAAAGGCUUACCUAGACUGCUGGCAGUCUGAACAUACACAUAUAAGAUUAAAGUGUUGUCAGUUAUUUACAACUCUGAUCUCCCAGAUCAGUUCAGAAGAUGCCAUGCCUUAUAUUCAUAUAAUGGCUCCUAAAAUCAUUGACUACUUAUACACGUGUAGCACGAGUCCACCUGAAACAGAGUUAGAGAGAGAUCUACUCCUUGCUUCUAUUAACACAUUUCAAAUGUUGAUAGGAAUAGCUGAAGAAAAUAAAAGAAUAACUUUGCUGACAGUUUUUCUCCCCAUUCUUGUGUCAUAUCUACUGGAUGAGAAAUCUUUACCCACAGCCAGUAAAAUAUCUCGUAGAAUACAUGAUGAGAGUCUCUCACAUCUCAUGAAGAUAGGUCCACAGUAUCCAGCACAGUUCCGAGUAAUCAUGACAAAACAAACUGAUCUUAAAGCUCGGCUUGAAACAGCAAUAAAAGUGAACCAGGAAGCUAAGAGUGCACUGAUCAAAGCCCAGGAGAAGGCAAAAAUAGCAGCACAACCUGCUAAACCAACCAUUACACUCAAAACAAACUUUGGUAGCUUUGCUUGAUUUAAAAACCAACCUUUCUGUAACAAACAAAGCUAGAACAUUUAUGAUAAAGUCUUAAGAUCCGAUUUAGAAUUUGGUUGUCAGCUGCAAAUGUUCAGAAAAAGUUGGAAUUUAAACUCCUCUCAAAACUCUAGUGAUGGUUUUACUCUUGUGUUGUGUUAAUUUGUAUAAAUGAGAUAAUACCUGUCUUUCAGUCCUGAUAUUUAUAUAAAAACAGGCAGAGUUAUAGCAAUACUAUUUAUAUUAAAUCAAGAAAUCGCUCCAGAAGAUUUUGAAUGAAUUUUAACUAUGAUUGCUUCAUGAUUUUAAUAUAUAUACAAUGUACAUGAUGUCACUUAAACAACAUUGAGACUAAGUAAACAAACUGUUAUUGAUUUGACAUUGUUGAUUGCUACCUGAAAUUGACCUGAGAAUUUCCGUUGGACUUUCAUUACCAACAUGGCAAAAAAAACAUUUAUGUAUAUAGCAUAUAGAUUAUGUGUAUUUAUAUUAAGUUAUUUAUUAUUAUAUAUCAUAUAAUGGUGCUAAUGCAUAACAACGGUGUUUCUACUAUCACUUGUACCAUCUUCAUUACCAGAUAAUUCACUUUACCAAAGAUUCUGUUGUAAGGUAAAUGCUAGCUUUUCAUUUAAUCAGGGUAAUAAAACAUUAACUAGGUAAACUUUUCUUAUAGUUACAAUAUGGUGGAAAUGUAAUGGCUUUAGGUAGUCUGAGUUAUGCAGAUAAAAAAACAAUAAAAAACAAAUUUAAAAAAAAAACAACAAAGAUUUGAUAACUUCUUAUUUUAAUCUGGAAGUUAGUAUCAAAGUAAAAUUUGGAAUUAAUCUAAAUUGAUGGGCAUCAUUUAUUAUUUAUAAAAUGCUUUAAAAUGAAAUGAUUUAAUUUUUUUUAAUUUAUAUCAUUAAUUGAAAAGAUGACAGUAUCCUUAAAAAAUAAAAAUCCUUACAUGUAUGAAGAUUUUUUUUGAAAAUAGAAAUUGUGCAAUACCAUGUAUAGAUAUUCCAUUCAUUGUAAUAAACAACAUUUAUUGAUUACUAAAAUUGUCAUUACUGAUGGUCAACAAUUUUGUGUUACAUACACAAUUUGACAAAAUCAUGUUUGUCUUUGCUUGUAGAAUUGAUAUACAUAAUAUAAGAGAGCCAGAAAAUAUUUUAAUCUAGCUGUACUAUGAUAUUUGUUUUAUUUUUCUUGCGAUUGUUAGACAGAAUAAAUAUGUCGCGAAAGGCCUAAAUUUAAGUAUUGUCUAUAUGUGUAGCUAUGGAAUAGCAUCGAAAUAUAUUGUUAAUGAACUUAUCAGAAGUGAUGGGGAAUUUAGUGGACUCGCAUGUGAUAAUAAAGAUCUACUUCAAAGAAAAAAGCACAGAAUAUUGUGUGCUUUAAUAACAAAUGUAAAUAACAGUUUGAUGUUGAUCUGGCUUAAUUUUGAUGAAGGUUGUAUUGGAGAGAAAUAAAAUUAUGAAUUGUGUUUAAAAAUCUAAACAGAUUUUUACAUGUUUAUACAAUUGUAGUUUUGUAUACCAAAGGCUUUUUUAGAUGACUGUAAAUGUUACAAAAAUAUGAAAUGUUUUAUUUUUGAUUGAAAUUUUGUAUUUUAAACAAAAUAGAUUGAAUUCAUGCAAUAAUACACUGGAACAUCACAGUGUAGUAUUUAUGUAUUCUUUUGUGAAGAAAUACAAAGGUUAUAAUGCAGUGAUGUGAUUGGUUGAUGCUUUUUGUUUGUUGUUGAAUAUAUAACUUUAUGUACAUAUAUGUAAAAAUUCUCAUAUGACCCUGUAAGGCUUCAUGUAUAUUUUGCAUUCUCUUGUAAAGAUUGUUUGUAUGAAAACAUGCAAUAUAUAAUCAUUUAAGAAGAUAAAAACUUAACAAACG